AAUCACAGUUUUCUUUAGGUCUUCAAAGCAAAACUUCGUUACAGAAGAGAAGGAAAAAAGCCUUUUCCUGUUGCCAAAAUGUUGAAAAGCUAUUUAACCUCAUUCAUUCUAUUUGUAGGUUGUGCAAACUCAAUUCUGAGUCAACAAGUUCGUCCAUUGCCAAAUCCCGUGAUCAACAUUCAAUGCGGUCAAUGGAGUGGAGUUAGGAGAACUGGUCUCUUGUCGCCUCGAAUGAAUCAACAAGUGCCGACAACUUGCACAUAUCGAAUCAGUGCGAUUAGCUUCCAAAUCUGUCAAAUGCGUUUUGAAUUCAGGCAAUUUUCAUUGGCGCCUCCAACUCUUAGUAACAAUGGAAUUAACUCAAAUGGAGCGGCUUUCCAAAUGUGUAAUGAUGAACAUAUGACUGUUGGAAAUAUCACAUUGUGUGGUGAAAAUACCGGACAACAUAUCUACGUUCCGAUUAACCCGAGACAAGGAGAACGUCAACUAACCGUGACAAUCACCACAAGAGGUGGAAACGGAUUUACACGUCCAGAAUGGAAUAUUGCGGUUCAUCAACUUGAAUGUCCAUUAGGUCAAUCGAGAUCUCUCAAUGUUAUUCAAGCUUCAACAGCUCAGAAACUUAAACUAAAUGAAACUGUUCGAACACCGAGAACUUUAGUGUCCGAUUGGUUGGCGCCGCCUGGAUGUCUUCAAUAUUAUGUUCAGCCAUCGGGACAAAUUGACAGCUUCAACUUUAAUAAUGGACAAGGCCCUUAUAUUGGUGACAUGAAUUAUGCAAUUUGCUUCCGUCGUCAAAGGGGAGAUCAAGCCAUAAAAUUCAUAACAACGUUCUUUCAAAUGAACACUGGAAAUCCUGCCAACCAAGGCUUCGAUGAUGAUUGCUUUGGUCAAGAAGAAACACUUUUAAGGUCUGAAGAUCAUUUAUUCAUUCCCAAUGCAUCUUUGGAGACGAGAAUUGACAACGUUCCUGUGACAUUAAGGCCACGACUAUUCUGCGGCAGAAGUCUCAGUUCUUCAACUGUCACCAGCACUCCACCCGGUCCAUUCAUGAUUGCAUUCAAUUCCGACCGAGUUUAUUCCCCAUCAGAUGAAAUUGGUUUUCGAAUGCAAUACGAAAUUGUUUAAACAUGACAAGCAAUUUUUUUUUACUUUUUUUGAGACAUAAAUUUACAUGGCAUCGAAAGAAGCAAAAAUCGAAUAAAUAAAUUUCUAAUCCCA